AUGACAGUACCAGAUGCUGCAUUUAAGGUGGUAACCCCUUAUAAACCAAAUCCUAGUCUGAAUUCACUUCCAAAAAUUUCCAAACUCUCCUAUCUGCUAGGUAUAGCUUCGGGUAUCUCACUGACAAUCACUCUCCAGAAUUGGCACUCGUUCCCGGCCUUCCCAAUCUAUGUCUUAUUCAUAUCUGCCUUUCAUUUCUUGGAAUUCUAUAUAACGGCAUCUUAUCAACCAGGCCGUGUCACAGACGACUCCUUCGUUCUUGAUAACCCAGGAUAUCAUGUCGCUCAUGGCAUUGCAAUCCUAGAGUACGGUAUUGAAAACUACAUGUUUCCUAGCCUCAAGUCCAGCUUCAAUGGCGUCAAACUCGUUGGUCUAUCUGUUGUUUUGACGUGCCAAUCAAUUAGAACUUUGGCAAUGGUCACUGCAGGCAUUAACUUCUCCCACGUUAUUAAAAACGUCAAGGAAAAUGACCAUACCCUAAUACAGCAUGGAAUUUACUCCAUAUUCCGCCACCCCUCUUAUUUCGGAUUCUUCUAUUGGGCCCUUGGAACUCAGAUCUUGUUAUUAAAUCCAGUUUCCUUCGUCUUGUUCAUGUUCCUACUUUAUGCGUUUUUUUCAUCGCGCAUCCCUUACGAGGAGGCCUAUCUGUUGAAGUUCUUUGGCGAACAAUACAAAGAGUACAUGGCUAAAUCUUGGAUAGGAAUACCUUUUAUCUAUUCGUCGUUUGGUUUUAAAGAAAAGAUGAAGAUUGAUCAUUGA